AUGGCCUCCCAAGACGAUCUUAACAAGAAGAGGCCGGUGAGGCCCGACUUCAAAACUAUCCAGCGGAUGAUGGCCGAGGCAAUGAUCUUGAAGACCUCCUCCUCUGCUUAUAAGAAGCAAAUGGAGGACCUAGUGGCUGCGAGCAAGCAGCUCCAGCCUGCAGCAGAGGAGGAGGAGCAGGAGCAGGAGCAGGAGCAGGAGGAUCCAAAGGCAGCUCUCCAAAGAAAGGGGAAGAGGGCUGCCAGUUCGUCGAAGGGGCCCACAGUGGCGAGGGCUGUCCCAGUCCUUCGUCAAAUAAUAAUUCCCAUCGAGGUGGCUAUAAAAGAGAGGAUGGCAGCCCCUGCUACUGCCCCGAUCGCCCCCCGAUUGCUGCCAUCCCAGUCACACAAGUGCCGGGACCUGGUGGCUGCCAACAGUGCUUGCAUCGCCGAGGCUCUGAGCACGAGCGUUCAACUUCAGAGCUUGGUCAAGGAUCUCGAAGCUAGGAGGGAGGAUCUGGCUAAGCGCCUGGAGGAGGCGCUGCACUACGAGGAUGCGAUGCGAGCUGCCCAGGCAAAGGCCUCGGAAGCAGAGGAGGUGAGGCAAAAAGCGAAAGCCCGGCUGAUGAGGUCCAAUCCAGAGGUAAAGAGACUGAAGAAGGAGCUAUAUGAAGUGGAGUGCCAGGUGGCUGCUAUGAUAAGGAGGGUUCAUCAUGCUAAUGAGCACCACCGGCUCGCCACUGAGACUUUGGAGGCCUCCAACAAAGAGAAGGCCGAGCUGAGGCAACGGGUGGAGGCCCAGGCCAAGGAGAUCGAAUCUCUGAAGGCCGAGAUGAAGGCAGCAAGGGAGUCAGCAAUGUAA